CCUGCAGUGAGCCACGCAGGAGGGAGGGAGCAGCUUUGGGACUGCUCUUGCUAAACUUUUAGAACAAUCCAUUUCCCAAAGAGUGUGGGAGGGAGACAGACAGGAGUGAAUGGCCUGAGACCUGGAUUCACAGCUUUAAAAGCAGGAGCGGGAUUUGGUGUUUGGGAUAAUUCUGCGCCGGUGCCCGGAGGAGAAGUGAGGUGGAAUAUAGCAGGGUUCAUCUGGAAGUUGUCAGUCCCUGAGGGCAGAGAAGUGAAGGAGCAUUAACAGGGUGAAUGUUGCCGAGCUGGAAAACAUUCGGCGGAUGAGGGAAGUCAAGCGAAGUACCCGCCAGUGUCAGCCAGCUGAGUUGAACGAAAGAGCUGUGGUUCAGGGGGUCCAGAUGGCAGGCAUGAGGGGCCCGGCCUGCACUGGAGUCUGGCUCUAGAGUCCACAGGGGCUCCCACUUCAACUGGACACAUUCCACAGGACGUGUGCCCAUGAGGUCGUCACCACUGGUCCUGCUCCUCUUGAUCGGCGUCCAGGCUCUACUGAACAUGGGAGGUGGAUUGGCCUGGAGCGACGGGGCAGCCAGCCACAAAGUAGGACAGCGGACGGCAGCCAAUCACAGAGCAGGACAGCAGCAGACAGCAGCGGGGGACCACCUUUCUGAACACCAUUCUUCACAGGAACACCGUAGGACCAGCCACCACAGGACCAAGAGGCCCCAUCGGGCCGCUUCACACUCCCAUGAUAGGAGCCCUGUCGCCGGGCAUUCGACGUCAAAUUCCCCACCAGACCCAUCUAGCCCAGUGGUGGACCCCAAGCUCUUCUCCAAGAGACGCUACCGCUCCUCACCCCGUGUUGUCUUCAGCGAGGUGCCCCCAUCACAUGAUGCCCUGGAAGGCGAGGGCUAUGACAUUGAAGGGGUGAGGGGGGCGAGGGUAAGGCGCAGAGCGGGAUCGCACACCAUGCACCGAGGGGAGUACUCAGUAUGUGACAGCAUAAAUACCUGGGUGGGCAACCUGACACGAGCCACAGACAUAGCUGGGAAUGAGGUGACAGUGCUGCCCAACGUUACAAUCAACAACGUGGUGAAGAAACAGUUCUUCUAUGAGACCACCUGCCGAUCCCCCACGCACAGAGGCUCCGGGAAUGCGAGCGGGGGAAGGCAAGGGGGCCGGGGCGGCAAACAGGGCUCCAAAGCAGGCAACUCAGGCUGUCUGGGCAUUGACAGCCGCCAUUGGAACUCCUACUGCACCAACACACACAUAUUCGUAAGCGCCCUGACCAUCUUCAAGGAACGGACAGCAUGGCGUUUCAUCCGCAUCAACGCCGCAUGUGUGUGUGUUCUCAGCCGGAAGUCUUGGGCGGGACGACUGGGGCACUGACGGUGGGAGGAUGACUCGUGACCAGUGAAUUUUGAACCAAGCACACACAUUUCUACUAAACAGCCACUGCAGCUUUAUUGCCAAUACUGUAAUCCUUCUCCCCACCUCCAAACACACACACACACACACACACACACACACACACACACACACAAACAAACAGCUUCAUCUAUCCAACCCCUUGGCCCCUGACCCUACCUCAGUCUGAGAAGUCCUGGUUGUUUUAAGUUAUGAGGACUGCAUGUCAUAUUUAUGGUUUAUACAGUCAAGUAUGAAAAUAUAUACAGUAUGUGUAUAUAUACAAAAUGAAUCCAAGCUUUUAAUGUUAUUAUGUUAUUCUUGUUGUGUUGUUGAUGCUGUUAUUUAUUAAACACCUCAGUACUUGC